AAUUAACUUCUUGGUUCAGCAGGACAUAAUUCUGAGUGUGUCAUCUUAUAAGUGUUGGUACAUACAUGUCAGAAUGUAAUUUCUUUGUACUUUGCUUCAUUAUACACUUAGUCCUCGACUUAUGAUCACAAUUGGGUCCAGAAUUUAUGUUGCUAAGUGAGAAAUUGGUUAAAUGAGUUUUGCCCCAUUUUACAACUUUUCUUGCCACAUUUGUUAAGUGAAUCACUUAAUUUAAUUUAAUAACACGGUUGUUAAGUGAAUCUGACUUCCCAAUUGACUUUGCUUGUCAGGUCACAAUAGGUGAUCACAUGUCCCCGGGAGACUAGAACGGUUAUCAAUAUGAACCAGUUAUCAAGCAUCCAGAUGUAAAUCAUGUGACCAUGGGGAUGUUGCAACAGUCAUAAAUGUGAAAAAUGGUCAUAAGUCACUUUUUUGGUACCGUUGUAACUUCAAACUGUCACUAAAUGAACUGUUGUAAAUCAAGGACUGCCUGUACUCAACAUGAGAGACUUACUGGACGAUGGUUUGCUUUGUGUAGUAUAUCAGUAAUAAAAUAGAACACUUAUAGACUGACCACCUGUUUCAAUAAAUAGUCCUGCAAACAAAUUUGUCCAGUAUAAAGUUAAAACUGUCACCUGCUGAGUUCUUUAAAAAAAUUUAAAACAAAAUCCUAUUUUCUUUCAAACCUGUUAAGUAUGCAAUAAGGGCCAAACAGCUUUUCUUCUCUGCUUAGGCUUUGAAUGAAGCAACCAGUUGAGAGCUUGGAUACAGAGUUGUGAGGGGGAGCAAAAGUCAAAAUAACUUUUUACUGGAAGAUCUUUAGUCUUGAUCUUGGAGGCAUAUCAGCUAUUGUACUGAAUGGCUAUGAUGCAGUCAAAGAAUGCCUUGUUCAGCAAGGUGAAGUUUUUUCAGAUAGACCUUCUCUGCCUUUGUUCAAGAAGCUGACCAAAAUGGGAGGUUUGCUGAAUGCAAGAUAUGGCAGAGGUUGGACAGAGCAUCGUAAAUUAGCAGUAACUAGUUUUCGAAAUUUUGGAUAUUGUCAAAAGUCCUUUGAAAGCAAAAUAGCAGAAGAAUCGGUUAUUUUUCUUGAUGCCAUUGAUACUUACAAAGGCAAGGCUUUUGAUCUAAAGUACUUGAUAACGAAUGCAGUUUCAAACAUUACUAACUUAAUUAUUUUUGGAGAACGAUUUACCUACGAAGACACUGAAUUUCAGCAUAUGAUGGAAAUAUUCAGUGAAAAUAUUGAAUUGGCUGCCAGCGCUUCAGUAUUUUUAUACAAUGCUUUCCCAUGGAUUGGAAACUUGCCCUUUGGAAAACAUCAACAACUUUUUAGAAAUGCGGCUGAAGUCUAUACUUUUUUACUCCACCUUAUUCAGCGCUUCUCGCAGAACAGGAAGCCUCAAGCACCUCGACAUUUUGUAGAUGUAUAUUUAGAUGAAAUGGAUAAGAAUAAAAAUGAUCCUGAAUCUCUGUUUUCAAUGGAAAAUUUAAUUUUUUCAGUUGGAGAACUUAUAAUUGCUGGAACAGAAACUACAACAAAUGUUCUAAGAUGGGCAGUCUUGUUCAUGGCUCUUUAUCCUAAUAUUCAAGGACAAGUGCAUAAAGAAAUUGACUUAGUCAUUGGUCCCAACAAAACAGCAUGCCUAGAAGAUAGGUGUAAAAUGCCAUAUACGGAGGCAGUGCUACAUGAAAUUUUAAGGUUCUGUAAUAUAGUUCCAUUGGGUAUUUUUCAUGCAACUUCUAAGGAUACGGUUGUCCGUGGUUACUCUAUCCCUCAAGGCACUACUGUAAUCACAAAUCUCUAUUCUGUACAUUUUGAUGAAAAAUACUGGAAUAACCCUGAAAUGUUUUGUCCUGAAAGAUUUUUGGACAACUCAGGACAGUUUGUCAAGAAAGAAGCAUUUAUUCCUUUUUCACUAGGACGAAGACACUGUUUAGGAGAGCAGCUGGCCAGAAUGGAAAUGUUUUUAUUUUUUACAGCAUUACUUCAAAGAUUUCAUCUACAUUUUCCUAGUGCUUUGGUUCCAAACCUUAAGCCAAAAUUUGGCAUGACACUGCAACCUCAUCCAUAUCUGAUUUGUGCAGAGAGACGAUAUUAAAUAUUACCACGUUGGCCACUGAAGCAUGAGGAAAUGAUGUUACAUACAUAUUCAUUUCUUUUGCCUGGGAUGAACUGAUUUCUGACCCAUUCUUCAGAAGACAUCAUGAACAAGCUUUCUGAGAAGCUAAAUAGGAAAAAAUGAGUUUUUUUAAAAAAAAAAUGGAGUGAGAAAUGGAGUAGAGUCUAAUUUAAGACAAAUUCCUUGUGUGUCUAAUCACACUUGGCCAAUAAAAAAUUCUAUUCUAUUCUAUUCUAUUCUAUUCUAUUCUAUUCUAUUCUAUUCAUCUAGUUUGAUCUAAUUUAGCUAUUCAAAUCAGGUAAGGGGUUAUUUCUACUACCUUUCAUAGAAAGCUGGAAUCUAUUGGAAAUCCUGAGUAACCCAAACAUGACUAGGUGAGCUAACUUUAUUGUAAGUUGCGUCCUCAGCCAAACAAACCAGUUCAAAUUAUUUCAGACUAUAUAGACUGUUGCCCUGUUACUUUGAGAAGCUUCAGGCAGACAAGAUCUGUAGACUCUGAUUCUGAACUACCUUGAUGGAACAAGUAAGUGGAUAUAAACUAUUGAAGUUAUCCAAGCAUAUGUUGAUACUCUCUAAGUUUGGUGUUUUCUUGUAGACCUUUCAUUACUCCAACUAGAUAACAUCAACAAUGCUGGUAGGGAAUGGGGUUUGCUCUCAUUUUAUAUUCUAGUCAGCAUUAUUGGGAGUAGUCUGGGUAGUUCUUUGAUUGACCUGUUUACUGUUAGCUUGUUUGGCAGGUCCUUGAUUGGGGUAUUACCAAGUAAACGGGCCAAUCAAAGAUCCCUCAAGACCACCCCCACUAAUACUGGCAGGAUAACCCAAAGGUUCUUUUUCAAGAGGCAACUGGACUUCCUUUGUUUUUCCUUCUUCAGUUCUUCAGCUUCUUGGAUGAGAAGUGAAACAUCUUCAAGGAAAAACAAGGAAAGUCCCGUUCCCUCUUGAAAAAAAACCUUUAGGAGAACCCUGACCUGAAUGAUUGAGAAUCUUCAUAAACAAUGACAGGGGAAACUACUAGAAUAUAAAUUGAGAGCAAAGCCCAUUCCUUACUAGCACUGAUGAUAUUACCUAGUUUGAGUUAUGAAGCAUCUGCAAGAAAACAACAAGCUCAGAGAGCACCAAGGACCCUUCAUGUCAACCCUGAGCUACAAAUAUUCUCUAUUGGCAUCAUAGCUUGUAUGCCUAGCUUUUUUUUUUACAUUGAUACUCUCCUAUUAAAAAUACUGUCAUACUAGAUAACUGUUAAUAGAUAACUGUUAAUAGAUAACUUCCAUUGAGGACCUGCAUACUGCACGAAUCAAGAAGAGGGCCGUGAAAAUAUUUGCAGAUCCCUCGCAUCCUGGACAUAAACUGUUUCAACUCCUACCCUCAAAACGACGCUAUAGAGCACUGCACACCAGAACAACUAGACACAAGAACAGUUUUUUCCCGAAGGCCAUCACUCUGCUAAACAAAUAAUUCCCUCAACACUGUCAGACUAUUUACUGAAUCUGCACUACUAUUAAUCGUUUCAUAGUUCCCAUCACCAAUCUCUUUCCACUUAUGACUGUAUGACUAUAACUUGUUGCUGGCAAUCCUUAUGAUUUAUAUUGAUAUAUUGACCAUCAAUUGUGUUGUAAAUGUUGUACCUUGAUGAACGUAUCUUUUCUUUUAUGUACACUGAGAGCAUAUGCACCAAGACAAAUUCCUUGUGUGUCCAAUCACACUUGGCCAAUAAAAUUCUAUUCUAUUCUGUUAAAAAUAGAAUGGCAAUAAUGUUUGGAAUUUUACAGCUUGGACCUCUUUCAUAAAUAAAAGAAAAAUGUAUUUUAUAUGGGGUAUUUAUUAAAUACAUAUAAAGGUAUAUUAGAAGGAAGAGUAAUCUCUUAUGAGAUUAUAUUUUAAAUAUAUCACGAUUAAUAUAUUUAACCCCCUUUUUGUAAAAUAAAUGAAGCAAUAAAUUGUAGAAAAAAAUCUUAUGUCUACAAAUUUAAUGACUGGCUGAAAUACCAUUAAAGCAUGUGUGUAUGGUUUUAUUGUUGCUUGUGUUUCACUAAAAAAGAAAAAAAGUGAAAGAAGAAAAUUUAUGGAAAAGUAUUAAAUUUUUAGUAUAUGUGCAAGGCAGCCUAUAUCCAUAUUAUAUGAAGUAUUAGAAUUCAAUUCUCUCUGUUCACCUGAUUUGUAAUAUUCAUUUAUAAUAUAAAGCAAAGAUAUUGGAACCAAGGGAAAGAAAUGCUGGUUUUUCAGUUGAAACAGUUAUGCUAUAGUAUCAUUUCUACUAGUUACUCUUUCCCUGAAAUGAGAAAAUGGUACUUCUAACAUGCCAAGGUUUUUUCCAAAAAGAGAAGAAGCAAACUAGAGCUUCCAGUGACAAAAUGUGUCUUCUUUCUUACCUCAUUCCUUCAUAAUAUUGUCUUGCACUAACACUCUCUUUCAACAGCCCACCAGGCAUCUCUCUUUUAGAAAAUGGGAGAAAAUUAUUCCCCCCACCCCGCCCAAAACAAUCAAAUAAGAUGAGCUGAC